AUGUCUAAUAAUCACAUUGUUUCUAAUGUCGCAAAGACAUUUGGUGAAGACACUGGCAAGUCCAAGCUCGACUGGACCUUUGAAGAUUUGGAAAAUCUUCUCUCAAGUAAGAGACUUUUCGAGCCAUCCAAUUCAAAGGCCAUGCUCCAACUAGUUGUCACUCUUGGCCUUAUCAUUUGGGGUGUUGUCAGCGUAGUUAAGUUUGACGAAUCCUCAUAUUGGUACUUGUUGAUGCCUCUCGCUUGGCUUUUAUUGGGAUUCUGUGCGUGUCGUUUAAUUGCUGUUGCCUAUGGAUGUUCGACCAAACAAUUUUUCAAUUCUGCCACCAUUCCAGAAUGGAUCAAUGACCUCUUGGGUUUCAUUUGCAUGUUGCCCUUGUUAUAUCCUUUUGAAAAUGUCAAGUCUUUGAAGAAGGCUGUCCUCAACCUUACUCCAGAAGAACAGCAAGUUACUCAAACUUGUACCAACUCUUCUGGAAAUGCCUCGAAACAACAAGUAUCAGAGAAUCACAACGACAUUGAGAUUCACUUCAUGUUCUCUGCCUUGUUGCGUAUUGUGAAAAGUCCACUCUGGUUCUUUUCGUCUUUGUGGGAAUGUUUGGCCACACAUAUUCAAUAUCCAAUCACAAGUACAAGUAUUGUGUUGAAUUCCAUCGUGUUUGUGUUGGAAUUUCUCACUCAUUACUCGUUGCAAAAUUACAAAAUUACUUUCAAAUGGUACCAUCAAUUCCACACUUCAAACUCUCAAGAGACCUCAAAGCCAUCUUCUCUCCUUGCCAAAUGGUCAAAUUCCAUUCCAUUCUAUCGUUGGGCAAGUGCAAGAAGUUUGUUGGAAGAAAAACUGUCAACUAGCAACAAACAAGAAGAUAACUCUAUUCAACUUGCUCAAAUUGCUCGUCAUGGAAGCUUGUCUGACUUGUUCUCAGUAUUGUCUCUUCAAGGAGGAACUUCAACUCAUCCUGUGACUUAUUCUGAAUUGGUCGAUUACUUGGAUUUGCGUAAUAUUGAUUAUGUGAUUUCCAUUUACUUGAUUGGAUCCAUUCUUGGUUCUAUUUAUGGUAUUCUCGCGUGUCCAUUCAAUUGGAAAACUUAUUUAUUGGCUUGGAUUGGACAAUACUCUGCUGGAAUUGGAAUCUCAACAGGUUAUCAUCGUUUCUUUGCUCAUCUCUCAUGUGAAGCAGUAUGGCCAGUUCGUUUAUUAAUUUUAAUUAUUGGUGCUGCGAGUUUUCAAGGAAGUGCCAUUCAAUGGAGUAGUGAUCAUAGACGUCAUCAUAAAUAUAUUGACACUGAGAAGGAUCCAUACAAUAUCAAGAAGAGUUUCUUUUAUGCUCAUAUGGGUUGGUUAAUGAAGACAAGACCAGUGGAUUAUUCCAAUGUUCCUGAUUUGACCAGUGAUCCAUUUCCAACCUUAAUUGCUGGAUUAGGAUGGGGUGAUUGGAUGGGAGGUUUUUGGUUAGGCGGUGUCCUUUCAAAGACAUGGUUGCAACAUUGUACCUUUUUCAUUAAUUCUCUGGCUCACACCUGGGGAGAUGCCACUUUCAAUGAUGACCACAGUGCUCGUGACAGUUACAUUGUCAGCUUGUUAACCUUUGGAGAAGGAUAUCACAAUUUCCAUCAUACGUUUGCCUAUGACUAUAGAAAUGGAGUCAGAUGGUAUCAUUAUGAUCCUGGAAAAUGGAUCAUUUAUACCUUGAGUUUGUUUGGAUGUACCUACAAUUUGAGAAGAUGUGACGAUGAGCAUUAUGAGAAGGGUCGAAUUGUCAUGAAACAAAAACAAAUUGAUAUGGAGAGAGAAAAGAUUGAAGAACUCAUUCGACAAAGAAAGGCAAAAUAA